CAAACGGUAACUUACACGUGGGGUCACCAGAAAAGUAAGGUUAGUGUUGUGGAUUCAUCUGAAAACAACAUGGACGUUGUAAGUAAGGUUUUGAUGAAUUCGGCCUUAGAGGCGCAAAAUUACAAGUCUAUCACGGUUAACAAGCAUAUAGACUUAGAAUACGAUUUAGGGACUUUAUUGGCAGUGGAUACUAACGAUUUUGAUGAGAAACUGCUGAGGAGCAAUACGAAUGAUUACUUACUCGAUUUAGCUAGAGAUAAUGUGCAGUUGUUGUUAAAUAGAAUAUGGGAGUUGCCUACUGAACGAGUAGAUGAAGCUAUUGUUGUAAAAUUGCCGCCACCGAAAACAGUGUUGCCCAGGUGUAAACCCGUACCCAAACCUAGGCCUCUGACUAAAUGGCAACAAUUCGCCAAAGAAAAAGGUAUCGAAAAGAAGAAAAAAGACAAACUAUCGUGGGACGAGCAAUUAAAAAAAUGGGUGCCCUUGUAUGGUUUUAAACGCGCUCAGGCUCAGAAAGACAAAGAUUGGUUGAUUGAGGUGCCUGGCAAUGCGGAUCCUAUGGAAGAUCAAUUUGCCAAAAAAGCACAGGCUAAAGGAGAGAAAGUUGCAAAGAAUGAGUUGCAGAGGUUAAGGAAUAUUGCCAAAGCUAAGAAUGUUAAGGUUCCGCGUUUUGGCCUGACGAAUCCUGAUGUUUCUUCAGCUAAAGACUUGCAAGCGGCUGUUACGGUAGCCAAAGCGUCGACGGCAAGUCUGGGCAAGUUCCAGGACAAGUUGCCGCAGGAGAAAGAAGCGAGGGGCGUGGCCGCCAUCACGCCGGGCGCCUCGAGAAAGCGGAAGUUGCCGCCCGUUUCCGGCACGCAGGAGCGCAGCGAAAAUCUGAACAUCGUCGAGAGCGUGCUGAACAAGAAGCCCAAGAUCGACAUCGAAAAGGCGGUGGCCCGGCAAAUCAACCAGGAACAAGUGGAGAGAUCCGAAGAGAAGAAAAACGAGAGGCCGAAAGCGGGCCGAGGCGGCAAAAAACGAUCGAACCCGAAACCUAAAAGCGGGAAGGGGCAAAGGAAAGGCAAAACGGGUAAAACUAACGGAAGAAAGCGUCGUUAGAAAGAUUGUAUAAAGAAAAUAGUUAAGUUUAGUUGAUAAGAAUCAUUUACCCCUUUGCCACCGCCGUCUUCGCUCUUUUCACCAGGGUCUGAAGACUUCAUGUGGCACAGUCGGGCCAACCACUUUCGACAAAUCCCCUUGUCUGCAAACAAUCGUGUACAUAGGUUUUUUAUAUAUAGUAUGACGAAAUUUUAUAAUGCUCUUUAAUAAUCCUUAUUUUUAUAAUGGGAAAAUUGGAUACCAAGGCAUUUUAUAGGCGCGUUUUUUUUUAGAUAUUUUAGUUCUCUUUAAUAGAUUUAGUCUAUUUUUGUAGAGCUCUGUUGAUACCCUAUUCAGUUAUACAAACAACGUUUGUUAAAAUGUUUUUUAAUAUUUUAUGUUGUUAUAUUACAUUUAUUUUGUAUUAUAAGUUAGUAAUAAAGAGUUUAGAUU